GCAUAGCAAAGAAUUUGUUUAGACAUGGCAGCGAUAGACUGAUUUGAAACCUAAUGUUUUUAUUAUGUGUGUAAUGGGAAGUUAACUAACACAUAUGUAAAAUGUCUAUGGAAGGAGGAUUGCCAAAGUCAGGCGACACUUCCUGUGACAGUCGAGACUCGGCAGGCAGUGGCGGAAAAAUGAGCUUACUCGAGCUUUUAACAAUCACUGAUGCAGCGACCAAGGCUAUCAACAGGUCAACUCACUCUGCUAGCAGCCAUGGCAGUCAUAAUUCACAAGGCUCUAAGAAAACCAGUGAAGAUAAAGUCCUUGGGCUAUCUCAGAACAGUGAUAGGUCGGAAAAGUCGGCCCAGUCUGUAAUGUCCAAUCAGUCUCGUGCCAGUGGUGCCUCUGUCCGAUCACAUGUGAGCGAGGUGUUGGUUUCAUCCAACCAGAGCGCAGGCUUGGGUGUGUCUCAGAGGAGCGCAAGAUCCGCUCUCUCGCAGCAUAGCAACCGGUCUGUAGGGCCAGGGCACGACCCAGAUGAUAAGACUCUCCAAGAAACCAGUCAAGACAGUGGUGUCGUCAGCAAAACACAGACUGCUCAGCCCUCGUCUCUCAGGAAUGAAGUCCCAGGGGAAACCUCCGACGUGAGCACUACGGCUAGUGACAUCCUUAUUAGGUCCACACAUGAACGGAGCAUGCAAGUGGUAGAAGUUGUGAACGAAAAGACCCAAGGUGGAACAAAUGGCCAUUACUCUAGCAGUGGCUCUUCAAAAUGCUCCAAAACAUCACUUGGCGUGGACAAUUUUAAUUCCAGCGGACCGCAAAAGGUUAAGAUUUCGAAGAAGCAUUUGCGAGAAAUAAAGUCUCCUUACGAUGAAGACAGCCCUCGUACAUCCGUCUCCAGCGAUGGAAAGGUGCCAUCAGCCUUACUGAAGGAGAGUCUCAAGGAACCGCUGAAUGGAACUCAAAAUGGACGACGAUCGGCUGAUAAGGGAGCUGUGACCAGCUCGAACGAUUCAAACGGUGAAAAGGGCAUCGUGAUCAGAAAACACUUUCCGGUAGAUACAGAUGAGGGGGAACAGUUUAAAGUUGAGAAGGUGAGGAAAUCAGCUGAUAAGCCUUAUGAAGAUGUCAACUUGGCGAAGUCCAAAUCUAGCUCUGAUUCCUCUAAGUCUAAAUCAGAAGCCUCUAAAUCAGAUUUUGAUAAGAAAUCACAGUUUAUUGCUGCUAGUCAGCACAAUCAAGUAGGAGUCUCCAAGGCAACCGCUGCCCCAAUGGAGCCCAAGGGGAAGGGUAUGAGCCCACCAAAGUAUCGUGUUGAGAGGCACACUCCCCAGAAAGUGCAGCAGAAAGCCUCUGACAAGACUAUCAUACCAGAGAAGAAAAAUCUGCUCCAAGAUUUAGAGGACAGCGUUGAAAUAAUAACGUCUCAUGCACAAGACACCAGCAGUGGGAGCAGCCAGCCAGAGAUAUUUACCGUCCCAGAGAGAAUCGUCACGGUUUCAGCCACAAACUCUGCCUCCCCCAGCUCCACAUUAAGCGACGGUUCCCUGCAUGCGCUGCCUCCACCAGUGACCUUCCACAGUGCGGGGUUCAAACUGCGGGAUGAUGUCGGCAAUAGUGGGGAUGACAAGGCCAAGUCCUUAGAUGACAGCAACAUUAUUCCACCUGCGCUGUCCCGGAAUGUUCUUCGUGGCGAUGAGGACAAUUAUUCUGGCAAAUACAACAGUGAUGAUAUUAAACCCAACCCUACAACGUAUAAUUGGUUUUCAAGGCACGCUACAGGCAGAGGUCUUCAGCAGGGUGGAGUAGUUGACGGGCCUGAUGUGCCGGACAAACGCAAGGACGAGGAUGUACAGAUCUCCAACUUCCUCGCCAAUGGGCAACAGAAGAUUGCCAAGGAGGCAUUCGCUCGAAGGCAAGGGGGACCAAUCCGUCGGGUAGUUCAGGCCAGAAUUGUGGGCCUUGACAGCAAGGCCAGUUCCACCUCCAGCACUGGAGAGUUGAAAGCACAGCAACCAGCUCUCGGCCAAUCAAAUGAUCAGGUUUUGACUGCUGCUGCCGCUGCUAGUGCUGCUGUUGCUGCUACUCAACCUUUUCUUAGGGCCCAGCAGGAGAUGGAGUUGAAGAUGUCCGAGGUGCUAAGGAAGAUUGAGGACAUCACGGGUGGCCGGUCCCGCACCCUUGACCAAUCUGAUGGGGACCGUGUGCGCCAGCUGGAGCGCCAGGUGGCUGAAAUGACAGAGAGGCGCAUUGAGUACAUGGAGCGUCUGCAGGAGACUCAGAUGGCGUUACAGGCAAAGUUUCUCACAAUGACCCGAGAGCCGGCAGCCAAGCCAUACCAACCUAGAUCAUACAGUCCUGAGGCAAACAUCCAUGUUGGCAACAGGGCUUUUUCCAAAACCACCGUAAAUAGGCCUCCAGCAAAGGUAGACAACUCCCAUUCCAGGCAUAGUAUGCUUGACCAUGAUGACAGUUUGUCUCCCUUGGAUACCCCUGCACCAAGGGCAAAAGCCCCAAGGCCAACGAUUUAUGACACGUCGGAUCUUGAGAUCAGGGCGGCUAGAGCAAGGUCACCUUACAAAGGGAGCUCCCCUACGACAGCACUAAAAACUAGGUCAUCACCAAAACAAAGGUCGAGGUCACAGGACAAGGAGCGUAAAGAUGGUGGAUUUUUGCGGCAGAUAUUGGCCUCCGGGACAUCCCCAUUGCAAAAUGUUUCUCCUCCUAGACUGCAACCAACUGUGCACACCAGGCCCCUGGAUGCGUAUGAGUCUCCCAAUGUGAGGAAGGCGAAGCAUCUCAUAGAGGACCUUAACCACAUCAAGAACCAAGUACAGGGCCUUGUGGAGGAUAAAGAGAAUUACGCUGCAAGACAUGACAUAAAAGAGGUUGCCCAUGACAUGUCCAAGGCCAGUUUGGGCAGCCAGGGACCGUUCCCAUUGGAUAACUACCUGCAAAUGCCCGCACAGGGGCCUACCACACCUUACAAAUCUCUGCCAGACCUCUCCUUUAGCCAUUUCAAUGCCCCUGUGCAUCCAGGAUUCAAGGAGGCAGAAAGUAUCUUGAGACAGGUUCAACAAAACCGCGGCUUUCUGGAGUCAAACUUCGAAGCAGUGAUGAGAGCUCAACAAGAGGUUGAGGUCUACAGCAUGCUUGAGGCAGUCUACAAUGAUAGUACUGAUCAUGAGAAAGCGCGUAUCAAAAACAUGGUGGACAAAAGUAUCCAGAAGUUGCGGCGAGAAGUUGAGCGUGAAGUGACAGAUGCCGUUGUCAUAUCCGAAAUUCACAAGAAAGCUUCAAGUAAUGUACCGGGAGCUGUUAAAAUUCCGGAACCGGCUCCAGCCCCCAAAGCGGGCCCUAAGUAUGGAAUAAGGGGUCGUCUGCAACAGGCCCAAACGGAGGUGAAAGUGGAACCAAAGAAGUCAGCGCCCACAAAGCGGGUCGGGGCAGCUGGAUCUGGGAAGGAAUCUGUCCACCAGAGAUUGUCCAGGCCACCCGUAAAAAAACCAAAGUCAGUACUUACAGAGGAUGAGAUGACAAGGGUUUAUGGGAAGGCCACAUACCAAAAAGGGAGGACAACUGUGAAGGAUCCCUACCUGCACUUCCAGAAUACGUCCAAACAUAAGCCCGCUAGACAACCACCGCCACCUGCUCGGGAUCAAGGCAAGGAGCUGAUGUCAUCCAAGACACAGACCUCUGGUGGAGGAGUGAAGCAGUUUUACUUUAACCCUGCCACUGGGAUGUACAUUCCUAUUGCAAAUACUGCACAUCUGGCUCCCAUUCCUGGCCAGCUGAUCCCCAUGGCUGUACCACUAGGUGGUCCCAGGAUGGACCAUGGUCUUACAGAGGACGCCACAAUGACCUCUAUGCAUCCGGCCAUGACCUUUGACCAAUCCAAGGUCAGUCAGGUGACUGCUGACAGAAAUGUUGCCAUGGUGACCUUGGGCAUGGAGGAUGAGGUCAAACGCAGCAAGCCCUCUCCAGAACUGGGCAAGCAGGUAUUGCCUGCAGUGGAUAUAGACACAGAUCAGUCUGAAAUCUCUGAGAGCAUAGAAGAUGAGGCUAUGCCUGCCCUUCAGCCAGCCAUCAGUCCAGAAAGGAAGCCAAAGAAACACGUACAAAUUAUGUCGCCCCAUGAAACACAUGGGAAAUCACCAGUUAAAUCUGGCUUUGAAGUAGUAUACCAUCAGGAAAUUGACAUAGCACCUGCUGGUACCGGGCCUCUUCCAGAUAGAAAUAACUCAUCCAGCAGUGGUUCCCAGCAUGCCAUCUCACACUCUGUUCAUAAUCAACCUUGCAGCAGCGACGACACUUUGCAAGACGAAGAUGAUUAUGAUGAUGAUAAUGAUGACAAUGAAGACGGUACAGGGCUGGAAUAUCCUGGGUACAAGCGAGAAGAAGUUGAAGAGGUACAAUACAACGGACCUGUUUUCCCGCCAAAGAUGCCGUCUUCUGAAAGGCAGCUGACCUCGGACCUCAUAGCAGAAGACAUCAGACGCAGAGAUCUCCUGCAGAAUAAGGCCAAUGAAUGGCUGGAGCAAGAGCUGAUGGCGCGGAUCAUCACGGAGGUCUACCCGCUGAGGGAGCAUGAUGAACCUGCAGAGAUAAGUCACGUCGUCUCUGAAACCUCUGAGGACAGCAUGGCAGAGGAGAAGGAAAAAUCAAUGUUUGUGAUGGAUGCGAUUGGACACCGAGGCAUGCAGCUGUUUAUAGACACAGGUGUGCCGGUCAGUAACUCAGUGGUCAACCGGCUGGUCAGUGAAGUCUUGUAUGAGAAGAUUCGGACCAUGCUGGGGUCAAGGCCUGACCAGGGGGCUGGGCCUGAGGCCACACCCAUGGUUGGGGUCAGCGACCCGGCAUGGGAAAGCGUGUCAGAUGUGUCUGCAGAACAGGUUUCACCCCGAAUGGCCCGCCAUGUAUCCACCCCAGAACCAACACCUCGUGCCACACCCAUCCCCUCCCCCCCAGGAAGGGGCUCUUCUCCAGCCUACACCCCCCUCCCAUCCCCACCCCUAGGGGAUUCAAGCCCUAGGGUGGUGGAGAGGUACGAACUGGACUCCCCAAGAGCAGUGCAACCUGUGAUACAGCAGUAUGUUGAGCUUGAGUCUGAACCUGAAAGUUCUGCUUCAUAUGACAUUCAAGAUGAAUUGAACCGGUUGGCAGCCAAGCUCCGCCCAGUUGUGGACCCAGCUGCUAGCGUCCAGUCCAGACAUGAUGUGGACACACCUCCUCAGUCACCAAAGCCCCUCCCCCUUGAGCCAUCCAGACCACUGACUCCGCCCAUUCUCACACCCAGAGAGAUGUCAGAGGAGCCGUUCCUGAUGCCCCAGUCUGCUGCUGCAGCGGGGACCAGUCAGGAGCGCACAUCGUCAAGGGCAACUAAGAUGGACAGUCCCAAGUCUGCAACUUCCCCCCAGGUCACUGAGAUGGCAGAGGAAGAGCUGGCAGAGGACCAGCCAAAACCUAUCGUCUUCACGGUUGCUAUGACGCAGACUGACAAACUGGACAAUACAAGGAGCAAGUCUGGCUCACCAUCACCAGCGAAGCUACAAAGCCCGGAACUGUCCGAGGAUAGUUACACGGAAUCAUCCUCAAUUUCGGACACCUUUAACGAGUGCGUGUCGGAGGGUCAGUGGUUGAUCAACAAGAGUGAUGGAGAGAUGCCAGACUUCCCCAUUGAUCAUGCGCUGGUUCGAGACCGCAUGCUGCAACACUCGAGACGGAAGGUUGAUGUCAGCUCUGCCAGUACAUGGAAGGAUGCAGAGGACGUGGAUCUGGGUGAAGUGUCAGACAUAUCUCGCAGCGAAGGUGAGCUGCGGUACAAGGCAGACUUCCCACCAGAGAAGGACCCCGUGCUACACCUCCUAUCCCGCCUCCAGGCCGCCGGACCACAGUUCCACAUGUACAACAUGACUCAGGGACAGGUCACAGAUGUACUGAAUGUAACUGGUAGAAGUGAAGGGGAGGUAAUUCGAGUUUCCGCCUUACCAAGGGAAGAUAACAAUCCUCAGAUUGUACCUGAAAGAGACUCGAGCCUAGAUCGCGGGAAACAGCAAUUGCGCAGUAAAUCUCCAAGGCUGAGCAAGUCUCAGCGAAUGAGGUCACCAGAGGGAGGUGCGUAUGGUGAGAGAGAUGGUUCACAUCAAAGCUCACCGCGGAAAGGAAAAUCACCCGAUAAGCGUGCACCCUCAUUGUCAUACCGGGCACAGUCACCUACACGUGUCUCAUUUGAAGGUGACCUGAAUGAUGAGCAAAGAUCUGCAAGUCCCACACGUGGGAUUCUCAAGCGUAGCUCCACAUUCGACGACCGGCAACGCCAGACCCAAGACCAGCCUGGUAUGAGCCACAUGUCCAGGGGGCGUGGUCAGGGUGCUGGGAGGGUCAUGCCCGGGGGCAGACAGACCCAGGGGCAAGGCAUGAUGAUGGCUGCGGCAAGAUCACCAUCGCCCAACAAGUCCCAGGCAAGACGUAGGAUGCCACUGAACAGAUCCUCGGAGCUACAGGCAUCUGGUGGCUCAAUGGAGAACUCUGGAGGCUACUAUGGAAGUGACCAUGGCACCAGAACGAUGACCCCAGACCAGAUGAACAUGGAUGCUCUUAUCCAAUCAGGAUACCUUUCACAGAGCUUCAGCCAAUCAGAAGGGGGGAGACAAACCGGCCAAUCAGAACGCUCGUCUCUUAGGAGCUCAGCAGAUAUGAGAGGAAGCAGAGGGCAGGGUAGUCUGGGAUACUCCUAUGGGUCAGAGGGGUCAAUGACCUUAUCUGAAAUCCAGCGCCUAGCAACCCAGGGUACUGGAAAGCUUCAGAUGUCCUUGACCUUGCCAACGGGUCAGGAGGAAAGUGAUCUUUCAGAGAUUGACAUUACCGACAAUGGGAACACAAAGUGAUUGAUGCAUGUUAGUUAAGCAUUUCAACAUUCCAACGAGUAACUAACUCAGUAAGAAAGUAGAUGUCUUUAUAAUCAUACAUGCCAUACAUUUUCAGACCAAUUCCGGGACAUUGCGCUCAAUAUUCCGGGACUUUUGCAGAUUUUCUGGGACAUGUAUACAUAUAGCGAUAUAUAUAUAGACAUAUAUGCAUUUUUGGCACGCAUUUUUUUCACAUCGUAAAUUGAGUACAUUACUAACAAACAUGUUAUUAGCAUCUAAAUUGAUUUUAUGCAUUGUUGAUUUUCACAGGCAUUUCAUUAAUCUUUUCUAAGUGUAUGAUCUCCAUCGUUAAUUCGAUCUUUAUUUGCCAUGUUUGCCGAGUCACAAUUUAUUUUCGUUGAAAUGAUGUAAAGGGCAGGUGCGCCUAGCAACGUUAAAUCGUAUAAUAUAUCCGCCUAAUAGGCGAUUCGCAUUUUGUUUAAUUAGUAUACGUUACAGUAAUUGUUUCAAUAAUUAAUUAUCUUAAAGACGAUAAAGUUACACUUUGUGUGUGUGUUGUUUUUUUAAUUUAAUAUCGCGUAAAAAUAAAUGUUUUCAUAUAACUGAACUAUGCAUAAAAUGCACAAUUUCCACGAGGUCAACAUCGAUGUUUUCAUCAAAAGUCUCCGAAGUAACGUUCGUGAUUUUAUCGUGGAGGAGUACACAAUACGGACCGAUUAGUGUGGCAUAACAAAGCCACUGAAACUAUAGAUUGAUAGUGACACGGGGUUAUUCACGCCCGACUAAUUCACAACCGCAAGAAUCUUCAGAUGUGUGAACAACUCCUUUGCCCUUACGCAGUGGGAAAUUAUAACGCAGUAUAUUAAAGCCAAUUAACACCCAAAUUAAACAAAGCCGCCUUUUCGUUUUGACUGCGAAAGUGAGACAAUCGAUAUGAUAACAGGACCCCUGUUAAUUGAUCGAUUUUGACACGUAGCGUUGUCACCUAUUCGGGUAGGCAUUGCCAUGGAGACCCUGCGGAUUAUUGGGAACACCGACUCGAGGUGCAGUAAAGCAUAAGAUAAGGUACAUGUAUACAUGGAUUUAGUAAAUUCCGGGACAUUUGACAGAUUUCCGGGACUGCGGGACACGUCCUUCAUUUCGGGGAAAAUCCGGGACGUAUGGCAUGUAUGUUAUAAUAUUUAUAGCAAAAUACCAGACAUAAAUCUUUUAAUACUUUUACUGAAAUGAAUGCAUCUGAGUUUUUUUUAAAGAGAUUAAGUGUUUAUGAUUGUAUUAAAUGUAUCUGAUUAUAUUUGAAUCAUCCGAUUCAAUAAGUUGUGUCUUCAGUCAGGUUAACCACUGCAAGAAAAUUGGACCAAUCAAAAUAGAAACAAGUACACGUAAUAACUUCAUGUACACUUUAUUUUAUAUUCUAUAGAAGAUUUCAAGAGAAGUGGGCAUUUGUAUCUCAUUUGUUACUCUCAAACAGUCUGUGAUAUUUUAUGAUCUAUUCUCUAAGUGAGUGUGCUUUAUUUGUAGUUAGUGUAUUGUGUUUAUUUCUGUUUGAAUCAAACUGUGUGUGAUUUUUACUAGUAAGAGUUGACAUCCAUAAGAAUUCUUAGCCCAUUUGUAUGGUAUUUUAUCAGGUUCGCCCAGAACAUUGCUUUCCAUUUAAGUGAUUGUAUAGUGUAGGUGUUAAAAUAUUUAUUUAAAGGUAUCCUCAAACAGUAUAUUUAGCUCAAUGUAUUUGUAUUUGAGAAAUUUAGAGAAUUUAUUUUUAUGUAGGGGCCUAUAUUGUGUGUAGUAUUUAUUGACUUGGUCUAUAUACACAUUUUGUUGCGCGAACAGUGAUGUGGAAUAGUUAAUUGAUUGAAAGGUUAAAAUUUAAUUUUCUAUUAACUUUGCAAGUGAUUUUUUUUUCUGAAAUACUUUUAUUAGUCCCCUAGCGGUUUCACCGGAGGGGACUUAUGGUUUUGUAUCCGUCAGUCCGUCACACUUUUCUGGAUUCUGCGGUAACUCUAAAAGUUCUUAAUAUUUUUUCAUGAAACUUGGAAUAUGGAUAGAUGGCAAUAUGGACAUUAUGCACGUCAUUUCAUUUUGUUCCUACGCCAAAAAUUGUGGUUGCUAUGGCAACAAAUAGACUAGAAAUACUGCUGAAAAUGGUGUUUUUUCUGGAUCCUGCGAUAACUCCAAACGUUCUUAAUAGUUUUUCAUGAAAAUUAGAAUAUGGAUAGAUGGCAAUAUGGACAUUAUGCACGUCAUUUCAUUUUGUUCCUACGUCAAAAAUUCUGGUUGCUAUGGCAACAAAUAGACUAGAAAUACUGCUGAAAAUGGUGUUUUUUUCUGGAUCCUGCGAUAACUUUAAAAGUUCUUAAUAUUUUUUCAUGAAACUUGAAACAUGGAUAGAUGGCAAUAUGGACAUUAUGCACGUCAUUUCAUUUUGUUCCUACGUCAAAAUUUUUGGUUGGUAAGGCCAAAAAUAGACUAGAAAUACUGCUGAAAAUGGUGUGUGUUUUUUCUGGAUCCUGCGAUAACUUUUAAAGUUCUUAAUAUUUUUUCAUGAAACUUGAAACAUGGAUAGAUGGCAAUAUGGACAUUAUGCACGUCUUUUCAUUUUGUUCCUACGUCAAAAAUUCUGGUUGCUAUGGCAACAAAUAGACUACAAAUAAUGCUGAAAAUGGUGGUUUUCUGGAUCCUGCGAUAACUUUAAAAGUUCUAAAUAUUUUUUUCAUGAAACUUGGAACAUGGAUAGAUGGCAAUAUGGACAUUAUGCACGUCAUUUCAUUUUGUUCCUACGUCUAAAAUUAUGGUUGCUAUGGCAACACAUAGAAUAGAAAUACUGCUGAAAAUGGUGUUUUUCUGGAUCCUGCGAUAACUUUAAAAGUUCUUAAUAUUUUUUCAUGAAACUUGGAACAUGGAUAGAUGGCAAUAUGGACAUUAUGCACGUCAUUUCAUUUUGUUCCUACGUCAAAAAUUCUGGUUGCUAUGGCAACAAAUAAAAAAAAAAUCUGACAAUGGUGGAAUUUCUGACAAUGGUGGAGCCGGUAGGGGACUUUUAUUGCUUGGCAAUAGUCUUGUUUGAUUUAAAAUUUAAGAUUAAGAACAUCCUGUAGCAGUCUAUUUGCAGUUUCAAAUAUUUAUGUGAAUCAUUAAUCCAAUACGUUUGUAAGAACAAAACAUAAUGUCAAGGCAUGUUCUAUAGUUAAUUUCCCUUUUCUACACGUAUUAAGAUAAAUUUGAAUUAUAUAAUGAUAGCUUUUGUAUUGUUGUAGGUGAUGUAUUAUAUGUAUUUAUAUUUUUAUAUUUGACAACAGUAAUGAUAAUGUAUUAUUGUAGUUUGAUGAGGUAUGAUAGCAUUAAACUAAUAAAAAAAUAUAA